AUGGGGGGCUCAGUUUGGUGGGUUGUGGUGGAAUGUGCAUGCAGAGUUCUUGGCAUCUCAACUGCUGCAGUGUUGUGUGCUGUAGGAGUAGAAACGCUGCAUCAAGCAGACUUCCACAGCCUGGCUGUCUACCUCCUGGUCUCCUCUGCUGGAAUGAUGAUCUUUGAAGUGGCAUAUUUCACUGACGCUCUUUUGGCAACAUGCUUUCCUUGUCCCCCUACUUUUAAGUUCUUCACUGUUUGGAAGAAGAUGGCUAAUGUUGGAGGCUUCCAGAAGUUCCUCUACUACACAAUGAUGUCAGUGGUGUGUUUCCUACAUCCAGUGUUAGUCUGGCAUGCUGUCAUACCAGGAACUAUGCUGCUGCUGACAGGAUUGUUGAACUUUAUUUUGAGCAAAAAGAAAAAGACAAGCUCCGUCAAACAUUCAGGCGAGUCUUAUGGAGACCCAGCACUGUCGACCGUCUGCAUCAAUGAGUUGGGAGAGACGGAGCAAACGUUUUCCUUCUUCCACAUCGUCUCAGGCAGGAAGGUUUUCUUCCUACCCACCAACAGCAGAUUGCAAAGUCCUUCUCGGGCCUUCUCAGACAGUUCUCAGGCCAUGCUUGGGCCAGACCAUCCUUCACAGCAAGACCACAGACCAAUGAGGAAAGCUGAUGGAAGAAAUGUGCACUUGAUAGAGAGUUUCAGACAAGAAGAGACAGAGAUGGAGGAGUAUGACAUGGAACCAGAGGAGACCACCUCAGAUAAAGCACCAAUUAUAAAAGUGUGAGUGGUGGCUGUGGGAAAGUGAAGAAUGCACUGCAAAUUAUUUAUGGUUUGCAAUGUCCAGCUGAGGUCACAUAAUUACAAAGCAACUGACAUAGUUACUUUAUGCUGGAACAUGGUCAUUUUUCCAAAGAGCAGUAGA